AUGAACAAAUUAAUUAUUGUUGUACUUCUUGGAUUGGCAUCUGCUUAAUUAUAGAGUGUUUAAACACUUAAUGUUACUUAAUACUUGGGUAACUGGUAUGAAGUAGCCAGCAGCCCUUGGGUUCAUUUAACAUUUGAAAAAGAUGCUUAUUGCACAAGAGCUACCUAUGGUGUCUAAUCAGAUGGAAAUUUGAGUGUCUUAAAUAUGGAAAGAUAUGGAUCUCCUUCAGGUGAAAUCAAGGAAAUCACAGGAUAUGCUUAUAUUCCAAAUCCAGAAUAACCAGGUUAAUUAAAAGUACAUUUGGAUGGAGCACCUUUCGAAUAUGCUGACUAUUGGAUUGUCUAAUUAGGCCCAGUCGUCAAUGAAUAAUAUCAAUGGGCUAUCGUUAGUGAACCAUCAAAAUUCUUCAUGUGGGUUUUAGCCAGAGAUCCAGUUGAAUACAAUUUGUUAUACAAAACAUAAGUCCAAAAUACAGUUACCAAUACUUUGUAAUUUGAUGGUCGUUUCAAUUAAUAUGUCGCUAGACCAUGGACUGGAUGUGUUCCAUAUGGUGAUUCCUAAUGAAAAGC